AUGCUCCCCACAUUUGUCCGCUUCUCCCGCAUCAUGAGUUCCGGAAUUGAGCAUGCUAAACGUAUGGCUGCGUAUAAAGCAGUGGACGCCAACUUUCCUCCCCAUGCCAAGGUUGUAGGAAUUGGCUCGGGAUCCACUGUGGUUUAUGUUGCUGAGCGAAUUGGCCAGUUGAAAAAUAAGCAUGAUUUUGUAUGUAUUUCCACUGGAUUUCAAUCAAAACAACUCAUUAUAGAUAAUGGGUUGACUUUGGGGGCCAUUGAGCAGUUUCCCAAGGUGGACAUUGCCUUUGAUGGCGCCGACGAAGUGGACACAAACCUCAAUCUCAUUAAGGGAGGUGGCGCCUGUUUAUUUCAAGAAAAGUUAGUUGCAAGUUCGGCUGACAAAUUCAUUGUGGUUGCAGACACCAGAAAAAAGUCACCCAGCGAUUUGGGGAUUGCGUGGCGUAAGGGGGUACCAAUUGAAGUGGUGCCCAAUUCGUAUGCUGUGGUGACCAGACAACUCAAGGAAUUGGGUGCAAAAUCCGUGGUGCUCCGCCAAGGAGGAGGAGCCAAAGCGGGACCGGUGGUUACUGACAACAAUAAUUUUCUUAUAGAUGCUGAUUUUGGCUCGAUUUCUGACCCUGGAAGCCUCCACCAGCAAAUCAAGCUUUUGGUGGGGGUUGUGGAAACGGGGUUAUUUGUGGAUAUGGCUCAUACGGCGUACUUUGGGGAUGAGAGCGGCGAGGUGAGCGAGCAGCUGAGGUAA